AUGUUCAUCCGGAGAGCACGGUGGCUUUCCGCUCACCUGCUCGAAGACACGCGAAAAGAUCUCGGACGCCUUGGGCUCCAGACUCGCAGCAGCUGCAGGAUCCCCGCGACCGUUGAAUCUGUGCUUGCGGGCACUGCUUCCGGAGAUUCCGGCCGUACGCACAGGCAAUGUCUGGUGGCUGUCGAUCUGGACAACAUGAAUGGUUCCGUUUCCUUUAGCUUCCACUGCAGCCCAAUACACGGCAGCGACUCAAACUCCCUUCUUGGCUCGAAAUAUUCACUCAGUUCCACGGGGAGAAACCGCCCUUCCUGUGUGCGCUCCCAUUGUGGAGAGCAGCGGGGCCCCUAUAAGGCAGUGGAAAUGGACGCCUUCUCCCUUCGAGGACAAAAUGGCGUCGAAGCCGAUCGCACAGAAUCAAAGACGGCUCGGCGUGCCUGCGACUACGUAGCCGAACAGUCGUCUCCGCGUGUGGGAGAUCAAGACACUGCAGAAAACAGUUCUGCGCCUCCAUUCCUGUCGUGUUCGGAUGCUUUGUCACUUGGUCGCGCCGUCGGUCCAGCGGCAUGGAGCAUGCCGGUUUCGCAGAAAAGAACACACCAGAUUCACGCCGAGGAGAAGCGUUUCCAGGAGUCUGCAGACGACGCCACGGCGCCUGUGGAGCACGGGGCCAGCGAUCCGAGUGCACCUACGCUGCUCCGUCUGGGGGCAAACUCGUCACACUUUAUCGGACCAUUGCCAGGUGCGCUGACAGGCCUCGAAAGAGAGCGCUGGGCAGCACAAUCGACGACCUCAGAGAUGUUCAUGGCUGGGUGCAUCGCUCUCGCCUCUCAAUGCGGUUCAAAACCGGGUCCCCACGAACCAGUUGCCUCAGCCUCAUUCCUGAGAAGCGACGCUUCGCCUCGGCUAGCUUUCCAGGAGCCAGGCGCGGGAUCUGGAGAGGCGCCGGCCUAUUCUUCACAGAAACAAAGCGGCAGCAUUCCAAACUGUGAGUAUGAGUGCCGGUCGAAUUUGCUCGUGCAGAAGGACCAAACCUGUGGAAUCCGGGUCGGGUCCGAUGCAAGUGCCGGGGAGAGACGUGUGCUUAAAGCCUUUAUUUCUCUUCUCGACGCAGGACAUCAGCUGCCAGAAGAGGCUACGGCACGGACCACUUGUGGCAAUUUCCAGGGGCAUGGAACAGCAGUCCCUCCAGAAAAGAGAGUUCCGCUACCGCCGCCGGUGUUGCCCAGGGUCCAGCGCUACGAGCGCCGGCCGCAGCAUCGUGUAUCCGGAUGUGUCCCCGACGCGUCUCUGGGCAUGGCAACGCCACGGAACCGAACGACGCAGUCUGAAACGAAAGGCGACUUAAUUGUUGCAGUGGAGAACGGUGAAGUCGCCACGCGUUCGGUUGCGGGCGGCGGCAAGUGGGGCGCAGCGGCAGUUGCGAGACUGAAUGAAGCAACGCCACUCGUUCCUGGCCCGACCAGUUUCCCGCUGGGACGAACCGCGAUUGAAGGACAUGAGAAUCUGCGAAAGGCGAAUCCGACGACUGUGUGUGGCACGCGGCAAAUGUUUCAUGCGCAGGGAACUCUCCAGGGUGCAUUCGCUGCCUCUGUAGUCCACGGUUCUGAAGGAGGCUGCGAUGGCAUCACUUUUAGUUCCGGAAUCGCAUGCGGGCAGAGGCGCGCAGUGGCACGUCCAGUGCAAACGAAUUGCUCUGGACAGCCACGCGGUACAUCCAUCACAAGCGUCUCCGCAGCGCUCGGCCAUUUUGAGAGUCCGCCUUCUCGCGUCCUGUGUCGUUUUCCACCCCAGGAUUCGAUCACCCCUGUCUUCCUCUGUCAGACCCCCCUUCCUGCAUGCAGGGAAGAAAUCGAAAGUCCUUGCACCGCGGGUGCCGCAGGGCGACCAAGCUUCGGAAAGAAUGGAGAGCCUGCCGCGGGCGGCGGAAUCCGCGCAAGCUGUGCCCUCCCGAGAGCAGUCCAUUCUUCAGCAAGCAACAGAGACUCAGAUAGACCAAGGCAGAUCUUGGCAAAGGACCCAGCUUCUUCCACGUGCUCUCGCUCUCACGAGGGCCACGGAAGUAAUGCCAAACUUCGUGGCGGUAUCUGCAGCCAAACACCAGGGCGCAGUGCUCUGGCGCCUGGCUUCGGUGACGCGGGUGGCGAGGUGUAUCCAGAGAAAGAGGCUCCUCUCCCACCGUCUCACCGUAGUUCUGCGUGCGUGAAUGCCAUCCCUUUUCGGCGUGACUCCUUCCCCCUCGAUCGAUCGUUUAUGGAUGCGGCAAGGGACAGGAACAACAUUCAGGCAGAAGGCAUCGGUGAGAGUCUCGCAUUUUCCGACAGCGAUCCGACGAUGGCGCAGUCAUCUGCUGCGACGCGUUUGCUUGGACCUCCAGAAAAGGACUUCUUCCGUGUAGGCGAGGAGUGCGCCCCCCAAAAGGGUACAGCUGCAAGUGACGCCGCCGGGGGCGCGACGAAGGGUUUUCUCGGCAGCGCUCAGCAUCCACACGACUGUCGUCCCUGCGCCUUUUUCUGGGGCAAAGGAUGCCAUAAAGGAUUCGCCUGCAGGUUCUGCCACGAAGAACACGGUCCUCGUAAGAAGAAACCCAUGAAAGACCAGAAGAAUCUUAUGAUCAUUGCCCGACCCGACGGGAAGCUUGAGUUCAUCCGCUGCUCCCUCAAAGAAGCCCUGAAGGCCUGCAGUUAA